AUGAAUAAAAAUAAAGAAUCUGGAAAAUAAGCUUAAAAUAAUAAACAAAAUGAUUCUAAUUUGAAUAAAAAUAAAGAAUUAUAAAAACUUGUUUAAAAUAAUAAGCAUUUUGAAUUUUUAUCAAGUGGAAAAAUUAAAUGUAUUUUAACACAUCAUGAAAUCUUACCAACUUUAUAAGAAUUUAAUAAUUAUUUAAAUGGUAGAAGCUAUAAAAAUGCAUUAGAAAAUGAUAUUGAUUUUACUUAAUUUGAACCAUAUAUUGUCUAGCAUAAAACUGAUAAGUAAAAUUAAUUAAUUAAAAUUUAGAAAUAAAUUAUAUUGUAAUUUGACAAGAUAAAAUAUUAGUAAAAAGAAAUCUGUUGUUCUUAAACAUGUAAAUGGAAAGAGAUACAAAUAUUAUUUAUCUAGUAAUUAUAUUAAUUAUACUUAGAAUAUUUAGAAGAAUAAGCCAAAGAAGAACAAGAAAAUUAACAGGAAAAUUAAGAAGAUGAAAUAUUAAAUGAAUUAGAAGAAUUGAAUAAUUUAUUAAAUGAUGAAGUUGAAGAACAAUAAAUAGAUAAAUAAAAAAAUGGUAUUUUAAAAGGAGGAAAGAAAAUAAAUAAAAAGAAAGUUAAACCAUAAUAAGAACAAUAAAUAGAAAUUGAAUAAACAAUUUAAACUAAAUAAAAAAAAUAAUAAUAAUAAGAUGGAAAAUAAAUUAAAAAAUUAAAAAAUAAAUAAUAAAAAGCAUAAGUAGAAUGA